UCUCGAAGACGGUACUGGCCUCAACCUCAAACUCAAACUCACAAACUGAUAAGAAACCAGGGAAGGCAUGCCGUAUGUGGACCUUCUGGAUCCACUCAAAUCAGGCUUUUCAUUAUGUCCUUGUUAAUAGAGAAAAUUAGUAGACGAAAAACCCAUUUGGGUUUUUUUUUCAAUUCCUUUUGACUUUUGCUCUUUUGCGUCAUUUGCUGUUCGGUCUAUGUGAAAUUGAGCUUUUUUUGCAUUUGGGUUGUUAAAUUUAGAUUCAAAUUCGGUAUUCUUUAUCUGGAAUCUGGGUUUUAUUGAGGAUGAUGUCAAUGACGUGCCGCAAUCUUUAUUUUGAAAGGACUGUGCUUGAUUUGGUUGCUUGUGGAUGUUCCUCCAAUGCUUCUAUAGAAAAGAAUUCGGUGAAGAAUCAAAUCAAAGGGGCUUCGAGAAGUGCUAAUAAAGACUAUGGUCGGAGAAAAUUGUUGUGCUGCAGGCGAGAUAUGGCUCCUUGUAGAGUUUUCCCAACGAAGACCCCAGACACUUUGCUUAAUGGAAUUGCUCAAGGUUCUCCACCAGCUCUGGAUUUGAAGAAUGAACCAGACAAAACAAUUUCACUUGCAAAUUUGUUUGAAGCUGUUGCUGAAGACCUCCAAACAUUGAACCAAAAUCUCCGGUUGAUUGUUGGUGCAGAAAAUCCCGUUUUAAUGUCUGCAGCUGAGCAGAUAUUUGGUGCUGGUGGGAAGAGGAUGCGACCAGCUUUGGUGUUCCUUGUGUCAAGAGCCACAGCAGAAAUAGUUGGGUUAAAGGAGCUUACCACAAAACAUCGGCGGCUGGCAGAGAUAAUUGAGAUGAUCCAUACUGCAAGCUUAAUACAUGAUGAUGUGUUAGAUGACAGUGAUAUACGAAGAGGCAAGGAAACUGUUCACCAACUAUAUGGCAUGAGGGUAGCGGUUCUUGCUGGGGACUUUAUGUUUGCUCAGUCCUCAUGGUACCUAGCGAAUCUUGAAAACCUUGAAGUCAUUAAGCUUAUUAGUCAGGUUAUCAAAGAUUUUGCAAGUGGUGAAAUAAAGCAAGCAUCAGGUUUGUUCGACUGUGACGUUGAUCUCGAAGAAUAUUUAACCAAGAGCUAUUACAAGACGGCCUCCUUAGUUGCUGCUAGUACCAAAGGGGCUGCAAUUUUCAGUGGAGUUGACAGCAGUAUUACCGAGCAAAUGUAUGAAUAUGGAAAGAAUCUUGGUCUAUCUUUCCAAAUUGUUGAUGACAUAUUGGACUUUACACAGUCAGCUGAGCAGCUGGGGAAGCCUGCUGGCAGCGACCUGGCUAAGGGGAACUUGACAGCACCUGUGAUUUUCGCUCUACAGAAAGAACCGAAACUGCGGGAAAUCAUAGAAUCUGAAUUCUGUGAGAUCGGUUCCAUAGAUGAAGCUAUUGAAUUGGUCAAGAAAAAUGGUGGCAUUGAGAGAGCACAAGAAUUAGCGAAAGAGAAGGCCAUUCUAGCUAUCCAGAAUGUUCAAUGCCUUCCUCGAAGUGCCUUCAGAUUGGCUCUUGAGGAAAUGGUAUUAUACAAUCUGGAACGAAUUGAUUAGUGAUAGUUGUUAGGAACUCAGGCAAAUACACGAGGGGGUUGAAUUUAUCAUGUAAGUACAUUCAAGCCACUUUUAAAACUUUUCUAAUAGGAGAACAAUAUUCUGUGGAAAUCAAAAAAUUGUUGACCAA